AUUUUGUGCAUGACGUCACCAGAAGGAGUCGUAAAUGUUUUCCGACAGAACAAACAAUAUUGUCUAAUGUUUUCGAUAGAGAAGUCAGGACAAGCACAUAUCUACAUGGUUGAAACUAUCAGGGUUGUGUAGAACAUUUCAUUUGAGCCUACCUCCCUUCUUCACUCUCAGUUUCCCGCGAUUCUUCCAUCAUGAACGGCUUGUCUCUCAGUGAGCUUUGUUGUCUUUUCUGUUGUCCGCCAUGUCCAUCCCGAAUUGCAGCUAAACUGGCAUUCCUUCCUCCGGAGCCGACUUAUUCCUUGGUUUCCGACGAAGCAGGGUCCAGGUACAGCCUACACCUCAAAGAUCGGGCGGAAUGGCAGUAUACCCAGAGAGAACUAGACUGCAUUGAAGUCUUUAUGACACGAACCGCAAGAGGAAACCAAAUCUCCUGUAUGUUUGCUAGAUGUUCCCCAAACGCACGCUUCACCAUUCUGUUCAGCCAUGGAAAUGCUGUUGAUCUUGGACAGAUGAGUAGCUUUUAUAUUGGACUUGGCUCAAGAAUCAAUUGCAAUAUAUUCAGCUUUGACUAUUCUGGCUAUGGUGUGAGCUCAGGAAAACCUUCAGAAAAAAAUCUCUAUGCAGACAUAGAUGCAGCCUGGCAGGCACUGCGGACAAGAUAUGGAAUAAAUCCCCAGAAUGUCAUCCUAUAUGGCCAGAGUAUAGGAACUGUACCAACAGUCGACCUAGCUUCCAGAUAUGAAGUCGGUGCUGUCGUCCUUCACUCACCCCUGAUGUCUGGAAUGAGGGUUGCUUUCCCCGAAACCAAGAGAACCUGGUUCUUUGAUGCCUUCCCCAGCAUUGACAAAGUUCCUAAAAUCACAUCCCCUGUGCUGGUGAUUCAUGGGACGGAAGAUGAAGUGAUAGACUUUUCUCAUGGACUUGCAAUUUAUGAGCGAUGUCCUCGUACAGUAGAACCACUGUGGGUAGAGGGCGCUGGACACAAUGAUGUGGAACUUUAUGGACAGUAUUUAGAGCGCUUAAAACAGUUCAUCAACGUAGAGCUGGCUAUCAAUUGACUAGAGGAGGGCAUUGAGGGAGCAACGGAAACUGAGAAUGAUGUGGAGACACCCAACGAAGAACCUGAGGCAGUCUCAACCUCUCAGACUCAACACACACCCGAAGAGGUGGAGUUGAAGAACAACUCUGCUGUUGAACGGGUUGUCUGACAAUACAGGGACUUAGGGACACAGUCCUGUCCAUGACAGGUUCUCUCAUCUACAUGGGUUGCACUCCAAGCAUCCACGUAUCAUGGCUACAGUGAGUGAUCUGACUCAGGAGGCUGCCGUUUUUCACUUCAUUGGAACUGUCGACUACAGUGGUGUUUUGUCUAAUACACAAGGAUAACUUUCCUAGUAAAUGUUUGAAUCCUUUCAACUUCAGGCUGUUUGUAAAUUCUUGAGAUUACUAUCAACUGCAGCAGUUCUUGAUGUCAUUUGAGAAAUUACCUAUGUUAAAUGUCAGUUUUUGUGUUUAAAUGUUCAAAAUUUCUGGAUACUACUGGAGUGCUCUGGGACUUUGGAAUCUGUAAAGUUUCGAAAUUCUGUUUGAUGUUGAGAGUUUUUGGGGGAUCCGAGUUAUGUGAACGUUUCUACCACCACAAUCCACAUACACAACUGGAUUUACCACCCUCCCCUUGUGUACCAUGGACUUCCCUAUCAGUUUCCCCCUCUUUGCCCACAGGAAGAAUACAGUCGAGAUGAUUGUAUAGUAAUAGCAAAUGGUUCAUUUGCUUGUGUACAGUCUGUAAUAUAUAUAUAAUGUUGUGAUCACUGUUAUGUAUGUGAGCAGAUAUGCCAAAACUUAAAAUGGUGAAAUAUAAUUUUUCAUCUCUCUUUUGUUGAAACAUUUAACUAUUAAUGGUCUUUGCGGGAUCACACUAGCCUGAGGAGGGCUAGCAUGUCAUCAAUAUGUUUGUUAGGAUAUAUACUUUUUAGAGGAUGAUUUGUAUGUGGUUAUUGUAAGAAGUUAUUGAUAAUGUCAUAUGUUUGGUUUUCAGUUCAGGUUAAUUUUUAAGUGGCAUAGUAUAUAUAUAUAUAAGGUUUUUGUAUGUACCUAAAGUUAGCCUAAAACUCUUUGUUCAUUAUUGAUGCCUUCAUCACACAUGCUGAGUCCCCAAUGUCAGGCUAGGAACUUCUUUAAUUAUAUGAAACUAUUCCACUAGCACACACUGCUGAAUGAUGAAUAAUCACUCAUAUCUGUAUAAGGACCAACAAUUAUAUACAUGAUGUAUGACCAGUGUUAUCAAAAGGGCUGCUAGAACUUUUUGUGUGUAUUAUUCAAAUGGCUGAACCACAAGCUCACCUUACAAUAUACUUCUGUCAUAGCUCAUGUAGACUGUAUUUCAUGCCCUUCAAUCUACCGAAAUACUGUGGUUUACAGACUAUUUAGCAUUGAACUUUCUUACAAAAUAGGUUUCGUUUAUUUCAAUUUUAAUUUCCGAUUUUAUGUAGGAGUUGAGGACAUUGUCUCAGCUGAUAAAAUCAUAUGAGCAUGAGUCGCUAGCUUCCUUUUAUGUAAUCACUGCUUUAGCAUGUUCAAUAUCACACCUAUGUAUCGCAGUGCUUCAAAUGUGUAGAAAAUGUUUCAUGAUAAUGAGUCAUGAUAAGGGAAUAGAAUCAGUAUUUCCGUAUUUAUCACUGUCAACAUGGUUAAGGACAAAAAUAUUUUAGGUGCCAAUUUCUCAUAAGCUAGGGUUCAUGAAUAUGUUGUAUGGCCAUAUAGACAAUGUACAAAUAAUACAACUUGUAGGAUAGUGCAUAUGACAGAUGGAAAGAGUAUUCAAACCUCCAUUACCUUGAGGUGAAGGAUGUAAGAAUGAUGAUGAUGAAAGGUCAAGAUGAUCAUGAUGGUUCAACAGCAGGCUGUUCAAUGUCGGCCAACAUGGACUAGCUUGUAAAGUUGCCCCCCUUCCCUAUGUCAUCAGUUGAUCUGUUGAACAAGUGGUGGAGUGGUUUUAAUCAUGCUAAUACUGUUCAUUGUGCAUUUGUUUUCCUUCACCAUCUUCACAAAAGUAUCAUGGUUAUGAAAUCAUUUUGGGAUUAUUGAUAAGCAAGGCAAUAUUAGGUGAAUUUUAGGAAGUAGAAUUUGUUUCAUGGAAUUAUCAGAUAGAGCGUCAGUUGUUUAUGAAGAUAUCUGUCAGCAAAUAUGUUGUAUUUUAUGGGUUGGUAAUUAGUUGUCACAUUAAAUAUGAAUAUUCAAGGGCAAGUCAGAGAAGAACUUGCAAUUUGAGGUCUCUUCCCUAUGAAAGUUUGACCAGCAGUGCACUGUACCAUGACGCCUAACCCUAACAGUAGCUGACUCUACUGGGACAUGACAGGUACACCCAGUGAACAACCGGAGGAAACUUAUGUUAUAUAUCUGAACAAAAUACCGCCAACUCUGUACUUACCUAUGUUUAUGAAAUACUGUUUUGUUUUAUAUAACAUUUAUAUGUCUUCGCAAUCUGUGUUAUUAUUGUCAUCUAUCUAGCAUGUCUGUAGUAUUUUAAUUCCAACUUUGCCUGUCUUUAUUUCACUUGACCAAGGAGUGAUGGUAUUACGAUACUGCCUUUAUGGUGAUGGUCAGCACAGGGACUAAUAUCAUCAGCAGCACACCAGGGAAACUUGAUUGGGGAAACUCAGUAACUCAGCAUUUGUGACCCACCAGGAGAAAAGGGACCUUAUGGGUGCUAGGAUACAAUUGUGCUGUGACUUCAUUAAGAAAGACAUUUGAUGUCAACUUCCUUCUGUAAAAAUAGCCUUGUUUGUGGACAGUAAAAAAUAUCAUUUUUUUCUCUUAUUAGUUCGUAGUUUUUUUCAAAACAUUUCUGCAUAUAUAUCUACUUUUAACUAAUCAGACAUUACAUCUAAGAUUCAGUUAUUACAUUAACGGUCAUGAGUCUGAAAAUGGGACUUGUGCCAAUGUUUAGUGACAUGUAUCUCUGUGAUAAAUAUUGAAGAAUUGAAGCUUAUCAAUUGUAUUCUCUUGGUCCUAAAAUACAGUAGUUAUAAUAAGUAAAAAUAAUAAGUCAAAUGCGAUUUUUCACCCAUAAGGUCCCUUAUCUCAUGGUUGGUCACAUAUGUGAAUAGGUAGGACUGUGUGGACAAGAUGCAUGUUCUGAAAUCAUGUUACCAGUCAUCUGCAGCACCACAGUUUCAAUUCCCAGAUUUGGCCAGAAUAUGAUCCCUGUUAUUAAGAUAAUUGCAUAACUUGAUCCGUUUGAUCCCGUCAGACCCAUUUAUGCUUAAAUGGGCUGAUAUGUCAAAACAUGAACAUGAUGUUUCCGAACCUGCACUGUUCAGUAGUCUGUUCGGCUCUAAAUAAGUUAAGGAACACCCAUUUUUUUCCAUUUUUACUAUAGUUAACCUGUCAUAUGAAAAAAGGGUGUACUUUAAAUUCUUUUGACACCGUUAGAAAUCGUCACUAGCCCUUUUGUCUUUGCCAAACUCCCUGAUAGUUUAGGUAUCAUAAGGACUAGUAGAGAUUUGCCCUUUUUAAAGGUUUUACUAUAUGUUAUCAUUACAGCUGUAGAAAUUAACAUUGUAGUCCGCUGGUCCUUAUAAUGAUACCAUAUAGCUAAACCCUUAUAAAUGACAAAUUCCUUCUAGUCUUUAUGAUACCUUAACAAUUGGGCAGCUUGGCAAGGGCUACAGGACUAAUGCCAAUUUUUAAUGCUACAUUAUAAGGACUAGUGGACUAAAAGUUGGUUUCUAUCACUGUUUGUGUUAUAUAUAUUGGGCUGGGUUGUGGGCACAGAGUAGCCUUAAGAUUGGGAUUGCUGUUGGUUUGUGGAGAUGACGGCACACUGGGUCCACCGGCGCAGUAGGAGUAACUGUGCUGACCUCCCCUGAGUCUCUGUAAUGAUGACUGUCCUGGUUGAUACUACCAUGUCCACAGUGCUUUUGACUGAUGUGAUACAUCUCUGAAAUAAAACUCUUUGAAACGUGUAUAUACAAUGAAACCACAUGACUUUGAGAGCUGUUCAUAUAGAUGUGCAUGUGUGAUGAUGAUAGAGAGUUUAGUUUCAGGAACUGUUUUCUAGAGAGUGCUAUUCACUAGUGCUGUUCACCAUUCACCUUAUCCAGGGAUAGUCGUCACAAUGAUAUUUACUUUUCAGACUUCAGAUUUCAAUAGCUUUACCAUCAUAUAGUAAAUUAAUAUUUCCCUAAGAAAAUAGUAUUUUUCGAUAUAUGUGCUUGAAGUAUGUAUGUGUAAGUAUUACUUGAAACGAUUUGCCUGUUAUGACAAAGUUUGGCUUUAAUUGGUUUAAAUUUGACAUUUAUGAAUUUGAAAUUGAUGCAAAACUGUCAAGGCCCAAAGAAUGGCAGUGUUGUUAUCUUAUAAGUAAACAUGUGGAGGCUAUAGACAUGUAAUAUUAUACAUGCUUAGGCACAGAUAAUGUACUCCACAAGUAUUCCAUUGAAUUUGUGUAAAUACCUCCACCCGCUAGUUGACUAAGUGAAUACAUCAAGCAGUGAAAUCCACUGAAAAAUGUACGGCUUCGUUCAAUGCCGGGACGUAUGAUGAUAUGGUGCAUCAAACCUUGCUACCCAUUGUGAACGUUUUGGUCUGAGUGUUGAAAGCAACAAUCUUUUACCAUGAAAUGAAUCUCUGCAGACACUUAUGUUGGUCUGCCAGUUACUAGGUGUUCUAGUCCUUUAUCAGUGUUUUGCAUUUGGGCCACUAGAAAAGUCUCAAAGUUCAACCCAUGUGCUGAAGUACUCUUCAGCAAUGUUUAAAUUAUGAAAACACUCUCUGAAAAACUGAAAUAUUUCUAUCUUUUCAUUGGUUACAUAGUUGCUCAUUUAUAAUAACUGGCAGAUUGUGUUUAAUUUCUAUUUACACAAGCUGGAUUUUCUUUUAGAAAAUACAUGAAUUUUAGUUAUUUUUUUAUGUCUCUUGGGAAGUACUGGUUUAUUUUGAAAUAUGUGGUUUCAUAUUUACCACUUGUGUUCACUACAACAUGCUUAGCAAUCAAUUGUUUGCCUUCAUUCAGAAAACAUAUCCAUGGCAUAACUUCACUUGUCUUGAGGUCGAUGAAAUGGGAAUAGUAGACACUCAAUCACAUCACCACAUUGACAUGAAUAUCAGGCACACUUUGAAUCAUCGCAACUUAAUGUUUAUGAUCAGUAGAAUAACAUUUGUAGAUAUAGGAUGUCCGUGACAAUUCAUGUACAUAUCAAUGCUCCUUACGUCUCAGAUUUAUAAAUGUACUUAAUAAUUGAUUGAACUAUAAUAGAAUAUUCUGGUAUUAUUCUUGUGUGAAAGAUAUUGAGAUUUUAAAACACCUUUUUUUUAAAAAAUAUGAUUAUGUUUACCAAAACUUACUAUUUCAGUACUUAGGAUUUACAUUCUUUCCUUCCAAGUCAGCAAUAAUAGUAAUUUAUUAGCCAUCUCUCAGACAUGCGGUAUGUAUAAAUUAUGCUGUACAAAUGUUUGCAACUCUGUAACGAUGGUAACAUGUAUAUUGUGUCCCUGCCUUAUGUAUUGUGAAGAUCGUGUAAGAUAAUCUGUAUUCAACACUGAGGUGUGGGGUAUUAUUUUUGUCCUUAACCCUAUACACAUUGUGGUAUCGAAUCACAGAAAACAAUGUCACUACAUAUUAUUAAACAGCCUUUAUUCUUCACUAGUGGUCAACAUGUCUUAUCUUACUCCUUUGAUGGUUGUCUGCCCUUUUCUUUUCUUGAAAUUGUGCUUCUGAUUCCGUUGAACCUGUACCUGCAUUGUCAUCCUGGAUCCUCAAUGGCGUUGUGCCAGUGAAUGCAGAUAUGGGAUAAUAACUUAACCAAAAAAAUGGCCUCAAGCUGGCAAUAUUAAAGGUGCAAGAUCAAGGCUCUGUUAUACAUAUUGUCUUCUAUUGCCCUUUGGCAUUUUCUGAUUUGUCUAAACAUGCAGGCUGUGUGCUGAAGCUUCAUUUGAUGGGUAAUUUAGCGUUUGUAAAGAUUGUCGGCAGUCUUUUUGCAGAUUGUUUUUAUAAUAAUCAAAUGGAUCUAUCAACGCUGAUACUCAUUGCCAGUUCCUUUAUUCCUGGAUACCUUUACACAGCGUGAAGUAAUAAACAUCAUAUUCUACUCAAUAGAAGGUAAGGAACACCCAAUAGUUAAUCUGUCAUUGCACCACACAGCCUUCCAAAUGUGGGUGUUCCUUUAUUUGUCUUGAGUAGUAUAUUUUGUUCAAAACAACUCCCAAUUUUGCAUCUUUAAUAUGACAAGUUGACGUCACAGUCCACUACAGUGAAGGGUUAUAUAGGACAGUUUAAUUUGAUAGAUCCAUUACUUAGCAACACUUAAUUAAAUAUGAGACAAUUAUGUUUCAGGCAAUAGGCAAAUUCUUAGACUGGUCACUAGUGUGGGCCUGACUUUUGUCAGCAGUUGCCUGUGCAGUAGACUUAAUGCAAUACUUAACUGGUACCAGCUGACUGGAACAUACAGGUAAUUGCACUAUCAAUGGAGAAUAAUUCCAUGCAAAGUUUCGAAGGAUAAAUAGCCCACACCACUACACUCAACACCAAGGUGAAUGUUAAUUAUGCUAAUGAGAUGGUAAUUUAGGAUGACAUAUGCUGUGAUUGGAUGACUCCUACAGUGACACUACAUGCAUUAACAGGCGAAGACCAUUUAAUAUACAUGAGUAAUACUGACAUCUGGAUAUGACCAACAUUUCAAACACUGAUGCUAGGCUAAAGCAGCCAAGGGACUUAAUGCAAGGCCCAUGUCAGGAGCUGUGUAGUGCGGCCAUUGUUGCCAGUUGUCAACACAAGCUAUGCUAGUGGUUGUAUAUCUUCAGGGAAGUCUGUUCCAUUAUUGAUUGUGUCUAAAGUUAAUGGAAUUACAUUAAUUAUAUGUAGUUAGGCCAGGAUUACUUAAGUCAACCCUAUCAGUGUUUUGUGUGCUGGAGGUGAAAAUGUUACUCUACAGAUUAAUGGCCACCAUACACCACAGGAACCAACUAAUAGACCAGAUUUGUUCUAAUUAGAUUUGUGUUUGUGAAGUCUAAAUCAUGAUGUACAUAGAAUCUCAUUCUGGAAUGGGUAAUGUGAUUUCAAUACAAUGAAUUGAAUACUUAUUCAAUGAAUAGGAAAUCUAUGAUUUUUAAUAUUUCACGCUGACCUUAUUUCAAAUUAUUUGAAAGUGUUCUAAUAGUGUUAUUCAAUCUCAGUUACCACUGUGAUAAGUGGAAUAAGAUCAGUUAUAUACAAGUCCAGGGGAUCUAGAUUGUGUGUUUCUGUGGCUUACAUUUAAAAAAAAACUAAAGUGGGUGUUUGAUCACUGAGUAUUGAUUUGAAUGUUAUGACAACUGGGGGGCACGGGUGGCCCACCUGUGAUUGUAGGUUCGAAUCCUGGUUCGCCCCGAUUAUGUUUCAAGGUUUGUCAGCACCAUACCCCUGCUUGUGGGUUUCACCGAAGUGGUAAACGUCUAAGACAUGCAUCAUUUCGGGCUUUCCUCCCACAUUAUGCUGACACCUGGUGAUAUAACUGGAAUACUGUUAAUAGCUGCGUUAAACCCAACUCACUCACUUUGAAAAAUGUGAAGGAAACAUGACAACUGUGAAGGAAAACAAUAGAGGUGUGGUGCAAGAGUUUGUCACCCCCUUUGUGUGGCUACUUGUCGCUGUGCUGCUAUGUUUUCAAUUCUCUGCCCAGUUAGACACUGUGGAAAGCCAUGAUAUAGCUGAAAUACUGCUGACUCAAAACAUCUCUUUCAAGCUUCUCUGAGAUUCUAGAAAUACCGGCAAAGCUCAAUGAAUUUGAAAUUCACUCAUUUGUACUUGUAGCGUAUGUGUCAUCAAUUCAAUAUGAUAUGGGCUAAAAUCAGGCUGAUGAUGUCUGAAAGUGUCCUUUGAACAUGUUGUAAAUACGGAGAUGAUUUUCGACUGCAUCUUUCCGAGUAGCAGUAAUUAGGUUUGAUAGGGCAGUGACCUGACAUUAUAAUGUAGGGUUAAUUAAUGACUCACUAAUUGAGGCACUUUAGGACUAACGACUUGAGGAGACCAACUGGGUAACUGAAUGCCUGCACUAAUUGCUGCAUUAAAGCACAAACGCCAGUCAAGUCAAGCUUCCCAUAUACAGGAAUAGUAAUAUGCUGCUUCUAGCUGUCUUAUUUCCCAAACAAGCUUUUUAUUUUGGCUUUGGUGUCCCUAGGAUAUUUGUUGAAUAUUUUUUGUUAUGAAUGAUGGCAAAAUACAAUUAUUUAUUCCCUUAAUGUCCUACUUCAGAAGUUGGUCUUAUUGCAGUGAUGCUUCUUGGUCUAUCACUGAACUUGUAGAUUGCUAUUGUACUGAUGUAAUGGAAGGGAUGAUCAGAUAUUGAUUCUCAGUCACUCUGGUGAAUCUUACCAGGAUAUGAUAUGGCUAGGAUAAAGUUUGAAGGGCAGAAACCUAACUCACUCAAUCACACUUGAAUACUGAAACAGGCUAUGGCUAUAUCGUAGUUAGGCAAUAUCUAGAGAGAUGGCCAUUCUAUAGGGUGUUCUGUAACACCUCCACAAGGCUCCUCUCCCCCCACACACUAAAUGUCACAACUAUUCCUGUCUCAGGCAUGGGGGUUGUCUGGGUUCCAUAUACUACCUACUUCUUCUAAUGUCCAGUUGUAGCACUUAUGUCAUCUUCACUCACCAAAUUUUGGAACAUAUUUUUGCUAAAUAAAAACGUAGUGAACUACA